ACUAGCAGUGUCUAGCGCAUGCGUCGUAAGAACCGCACUGAGCGGGAUUCGCAGCUAAAAACAGCAGCACUAAAACCAUAAGAACACCUGUCCACGAUAAUGCAAUCCAUCCACUGUCUGAUCAAUACAUAUAGGGGCAAGUCGACCUCGGAUUUUUGAUGAGCUCAGAGCUUAUCCCAUACGUCAUCCUCCCGCUUCUUCAACCUCCCCAUCCUGGCCAUUAUUUCGACCAAUGGACCACUCCAAACACAAAGGGAUAGUCGUCUUCUCCGGUGGGAGUGCUGCAAACAGCCUUGUCGAUGUCUUCGGAGCGGUUCGAGAGAACAGAAGAUGUCCUUUGAGCUAUGUAAUUCCCAUCAGCGACAAUGGCGGAAGUUCUUCAGAAUUGAUUCGCGUUUUUGGAGGUCCCGGUCGCCUUGUCCGCCUCAUCCCAGACGCCAACGACGACGCUGAUGACAGCGAAAAAGCGGCCAUCAAAGUCUUCUUCAAUCACCGCCUCCCCAAAGACAGACAUGAAGCCAAGAAGGAAUGGCUCCAGAUCGUCGAGGCCAACCAUCCUCUUUGGACCAACAUCUCCAGCGCUAAGAAAGAGCUGAUACGCAGCUUUCUCAAUAUGAUCAACUUCGAGAUUAUGAAGAGAUUGCGGCCGAGCUCGACGUUUAAUUUCUCGAGUGCGAGUAUCGGCAACCUGUUUUUGACAGGCGCUCGCCUCUUCUCCGGUUCAUUCGAAUCCGCCAUCUACCUCCUCUCCUCCAUCUGCCGCGUCCCUGACCACACCUCCGUGAUACCAGCCAUCAACACAAACUUCACACACCACAUAUCCGCCAGCCUCGCAGACGGCACGACUAUCACCGGUCAAAACAGUAUCUCCCACCCAUCUCCCCCUCAACCAACCCGCACUUCUUCCCUCCUGGAAGUCCCCUCAACGACAACAUCCUCCUCCUACCCCUCCACAGUCCCAACCCCAGACCCCUACAAAGAAAUCCACAGACAUACUGCCGCCCCAGCACCCACCACCACGCACGACGACACCGACACAAUCGAAGACGCCAACCCCCCAGGCACCCACCCCACCCUCCGCCAGCAAAACAUCUCCUUCUCCAAAACCCUGUCCCCCUCCGACGACUUGCCCGCCCGCAUCUCGCGCAUCUGGUACAUCAACCCGUACGGCGCCGAGAUCCGCCUCAGCGCCAACCCGCGCGUCCUAUCGGCCCUGAACGCCGCCGACGCAGUCAUUUACUCCAUCGGCUCUCUCUACACCUCUCUGAUCCCCAGUCUCAUCCUCAAGGGUGUGGGGGAGGCGCUCGCAAAUCCCCGGAUAAGAUGGAAGAUUCUGAUUCUCAAUGCGCUGAAUGAUCGCGAGACGGGGCCGAGUUGGGACGCCUACACGGCGGUGGACUUUGUAGCUGCGAUUGCGAAAGCGGCGGCUGAGUCGAGGGGCGUGCUUAAGGGAGAGGUGCCGAGGAGCGAGUAUAAGACGUAUGUGACGCAUAUGAUCCACUUGACGGGACCGGGGACUCCGCGCGUGGAUAAGGAGGUGUUGAGCGAGUUGGGGAUAGAGUGUGUGCGGGUGUAUGGGAGGAAGUUGGAGGGGGAAGAAUUCGUCCGGUAUGAUGAGAAGGCUUUGGUGCAGGCGCUGGAAGUAUUGAUGGGGAGGGGUAAGGAUGGGAGGACCGUGCAGAGAAGUCGGAGAAAUACGUCUGAGGGCUGAAAUCGCGGGUUGAGAGUGUAGUGAUUGGAUGUUGAGAAGUUCAACAUGGUAGUGUUGAUGCUUGAGACGUAUUG